GUUUGUCGGAAAACAUGGUUUGUUUGCAGCCGUAGAUAAUUUUCUACUCUUGUUGUUUUCACAACAAACUAUUUUUAAAAUACCAUAUGUCAUAACAACUUUUCUCCAUCAAUAAUAGGACUUUUCCUCAAAUAAUACUUAGGCCUAUAUAAAUAUCUCUAUCAUAAUGCUGGAACCUAUACGAGCAUCUAUUUUAAGUGGAAAGCGCAUCAUCCUGGCUAGUACUUCUCCCCGGAGAGCAGAAAUUCUACAAAACAUAGGUCUGCGAUUCGAAGUCGUACCGUCUACCUAUGAAGAAGACCUAGAUCCAAAGGAUUAUCAAAACCAUGGAGACUUUGCUAUUGCCACUGCACUCAAUAAGGUCCUGGAAGUUGAUAAGAGACUGUCCAAUGAUCAGGUGAAGCCUGACAUCAUAAUUGGGGCGGACACUGUCGUCUCUUAUGAUGGGAGAGUUUUUGGUAAACCAAGAGAUAAAGAAGAAGCCUUUAAAACAUUUACAGGUGUAAGUAUUUCUGUAGGAUUUAUAGGUAUUUCUUUACGAUUAAUUUAUAAGUACGUAGUUUAUUACUUGAAAAAAUAAAAAAAUAGGCCUUCU